UACGUUUUUUAAAAAAAAUUGAGGUGCUAAGAUUCUGUGGCUGUAGAAUGGUGCAUCAUAUAAAAAUGAUGUGCAUGCAUUUAUAAAGAUGUUUAUUGGGCAGACCUCUGGAAAAAGGAGGAGCCAUGCAGUCUGGAUAGUUGAUGGUUUGCUUUUGUGAAGUUAAUGCUCUGUUAUGGGCUGGGCUUUUGUUUGCAAGCACACCAAUGGCAUGCAUACUAACAGUUUCCCACUGUUUGUGGGAAAUCUAAAAUGGGUUGAGAGGCCACAUGGGUACAAUGAAGCCUAGUCAGUUGCACAACUCUGUUAAUCUGAGCAUGCUCUGACAUUGGGGGGGGGAGGGAUUCCUGAAUAACAGGUUCAAGAAAGUGAGGGCUGCAAAGGCAGGAGUCAACUAAGUCUUUGAGGAGGGGUCUUAAAAGUUUUUUUAAAAACUGACAUCAAGUAAAGCAUUUGGAGUGGGCAAGCAAGCACAUGCUGGACUGAAUCUGCAAUUUUUGGUUGGCAAAGCUGGAUGAGUAGAAGACUCAAACCUAUUUAGGUACCCUGAGAGGAAAGUCCUACAAUAGAGUCAUUUUAAGUUUGAGAUCCAAACCAAUCAAGGAAUUUCUCCACUUGAUAGCCUCUCUAGUUGGCAGACCAGUUAUUGGAAGCUUCAGCAGAAGCCUACAUAAAUUCCAAAUCCAAAUAAAGAAUGAGGAGAAAAAUAGCAGCAAAGCGGAAUAUGGUGGCCCAGUACUUCCAGUGUCAGACACCAUUUGAACAACGAGCGCAACCAGUGGUGAAAAUGGAAAAAGAUCCAGACCCACCAGGCUCUGAUCCAUUAGGCAUUUCAGAAGGCUCAGUAAAAACAUAUCGUAUUGUACCAGUAGGAACAGGAGGUAGUGGUCUUCGGCUAGUAACACCACAGCAAAGCAGGAAUGAACGACUAGAGGCACCCCAACGCUGGGAAAUCCAAGGGCAGGAAUUGCCGACUCCAGAACUUACCCCAGUCCAAUCACCUGCAUGGAGGAAUCUGCAAGUACCAGAACUUACCUUAACAGAAGACAUUGAGAGCUACUUGACUACUUUUGAAGAUGUGGCCGAAGCCUGCAAAUGGCCACGGGAACAGUGGGUGACCCGAUUGGUGCCAGCCCUCAAUGGAGCUGCCCUCCAGGCCUACAACAGCUUGGAUCCCAGAGAAAGUGGGGAUUAUGGGAAAGUAAAAGCUGCAAUUUUACGAGAAGAUGCAGUCACUCUGGAGAGGCAGAGGCAGCAUUUCAGGCAUUUCCGUUACCAGGAGGCUGAAGGGCCCCGUGACGUCUGUUCUCGGUUGCGGGGGCUCUGCUAUCGCUGGCUGGAGCCAGAGACACGCACCAAGGAACAGAUUGUAGAACUGUUGAUCCUAGAGCAGUUUCUAACUAUCUUGCCCGAGGAAAUGCAAGAAUGGGUUCAGGAAUAUCGUCCGAAGACCUGCAUUCAGGCAGUAACCUUGGCAGAACAUUUUCUUCUGAAGCAGCAAGACAAUGAGAGAUGGGAUCAACAGGUGCUAGGGCCGUAUAUGCUUGAGGAGUCUGUGACUUUACCAGAAAGUGAGCAAGUAGUCUCAGAUACCCGGCAGGUGCUGUGCAGAGAAAAUAAGGAAGAGCUGAAUGAGCAUGCUUCCUCAGUAGCAGGUGAUGAAAUACAGACUAAAAAUGAGGAAGAGUAUCUGUUACAGGAAAGUUCAAAAAGACAGAGAAAUCGCCUUCUUCCCAAUUUGCAAGCGACUUCCUUUGCUCACCAGACACCCAACAGUCAGCUAGCUUUGAAAAAACAGCCCUUGCACAAGCAAGAAACGCUUUUCCCUUGCCCUGAAUGUGGGAAGAACUUCUCACGUAAAUCUACCCUGACCAGACACCGGAGAGUACAUACAGGGGUCAAACCCCAUCAGUGCACUGAAUGUGGGAAAAGAUUCUUGCACAAAUUCAACCUGGUGAACCACAUGAGGACCCAUGUGCGAGAAGAAUCAAGCCGUUGUUCAUUGUGUGGGAAAAAUGCAAAGCGGAAUUCAGGGCAAGGGAGCCAAGAGCGAAAGGCUGGGUGUUGUGAAUGCACAGGCAGUUCAGAACUACAAUACAAUGUGGAACAGACAGCACAAGACACAGGCGAAUCCUUUAACUGACUUGAAUCCUAGGAAGAAAAACAGUAUAGCUGACUUGAAUGUGCAAAGAAGUUUUUAGGAAAUAACUCUAAAUCAGGGAAAUGUUCUGUGCCCUAGAGCAGUGAUGAUGAACCUUUUCAGCACCAAGUGACCAAACCGGAACACGCAUGCAUGCGUGCGGGCUGGAGUACCAGAAACCCAAAGACCAGCUUGCCGGUGCUCAUGCGUGCGCUGGCCAACUGGUGUUCGGAUUUCCGGCACGUGCUUGCACACUGGCCAGCUGAUCUUCGUGCCAGAAACCCGAAGACCAGCUGGCCAGCGCAUGCAUGCCUGUUUUUUUGGCCGUUUUCUGGCACCCGCAAAACCCAGAUUCAGCAGCGGGCUCUGUGUGCCACUUCUGGCACGCAUGCCAUAGGUUCGCCAUCAUGGCCCUAAAGUCUUCUAGAAGCCAGAACCACUUUCUGAUGACAAGGCAGUUACCCUGAAUAUUGAUCAAAGCAAAAAUGCCUUCAAUAGCUUAGUUCGCCUAUUGAAUGUUUUGUUAUUUGUUAAUUUCUAAAAUCAUCCAGGGGAAGGGAAGGGGGAAGAGCAGCAAAGUUGUAACCUUCAGUGAUAAUAGAAAUAUUGUCUUCUUGAUAUCACAGUCAGAAGAAAGUUAGACAAUCACAUAGCCAAAGCUAAUGGAAAUCCAAUUCCACCCCUCACCAGAAAUCAAAAUGUGAUUGACCAUAGAAAGUACACUUUGAUAUAUGAGUAUACUGAAAGCUGUCUGAUCUUUAAAUAGUUUCAAGAUUGGACCCCUUCUUGUAUUCUCAGAAGAGAUGCUCUCAUGUCAGAAUGAAACAUUUCAAAGAUGGAAUGGUUCAACCUCAAAAUGUUUUGCACACUCAUAUACUUAAAUAAACUGAGAUAUUUGAGGCUCUGCAACUGGAUACAGAAUUGCUUUCAUAAAUAAAAAAUUUGCAAAAGUCCUAAACAAUAAAAAAUAAAACAAAUCUUGCUUUCAGGUUGAUUAGUCAUGUUCUUAAGUGCAAAAAUGUCUUUAUUUGCUCAUGCAUAAAAAUCAUAUGGACAUAAGCUUAUCCAGUCAUAUAUUAGCUAAUUAAUGAUAUAUGAUAUUUUUACAAAUCUGGGCAAAUUGCUAGUGUAGACAAAUGUGUAAUGGAAUGUCACCUUAAAGGCCUUCAAUCCAGUGCCUCUUUUGUGGAGAUCUUGAAAACUCUGUAUUUGAAACUGUGAUAAGAGGUGUGGACUGUUCUGUUGAUCUGUCAAUUUUGUGUGUGUUUUUUUAAUAGUGCCUCAAUAAGGGAUGGUAAAAUUCACAAUAUUUGUUGUUCAUUGGAACUUUUUUAUUAGAACUUUCUUUCCUAGGAUGUUUGUUUCCAAAAAUAAUCACCAGAGUCAAGAUAAAUCCUAGCGAAUGACCCGGCUUAGCAGAUAUCCUAGUCAGAAAUACAAGGAAUUUGAUUUAACUCAUCUGAAUUACAUCUCUUGGAGAAGUUGGCCUCAUUUCCAAGGAAAUUUGCAGUUUGUGUUGUCAGACAAUAGUUCUCAGUAGCACAUGACAAACUUUUGAAAUGGUGACUUUAAAAACUGAUUUGGCUAAGAAUUGAGGAAUCUUGUGUUUUGAAGAUGGGACAAAAAUCCAAUUGAGUGCAGGUUUUCUAAUUUCAUCUUCUGGCUGUUUGUAAAUUCCUGUCAAGCACAUCGUAAGUAUUUCAGGGUUGUCUAACACUACCAAUUUUAAUCCCUCUAACACUGUUGAUAUACCAAAACUGCAUGUUUGGAAUUUUGCAAUGGUUAUAACUGCACAUAUAAAUGUUAGUUUUUUUAAGAGAAAAAUGUUUUUGUAAUUUUUUAUUAAAGCUUUAUUUUUUUCUAGUUUGCACAUUAAAAGAAGUUUAAUGUUGUAA